UGGGCGGAGGGAUUCAUUUUAAGCAACGGGCGGCCCUCCGCCUCCAUUGAAGGCGGGGAAAUACCGCAGCGCUGGCGGUAGUUGCUGUGGUUUCCGUUCUGAGCUCGCAGCUUAGGAGCUGAAGAUCGCGGACUUAGCGUUCCCGCGUCCGAGUCCGGCCAUCAGUGGCUGCAGAUCCGGAGGCCAGGAGCUCAACCACCCUUCUUCGGAACAGGGCCGGCCCGCUGCUGUGCCUUGGACGCUCGGUGCCUGUAUCUACUCCGGGGCCUAGGUCGGCUCCGGGGGCGGCUUAGGAGAAGGCCGCUGGCGAGAUGUUCAAAAACACGUUCCAGAGCGGCUUCCUCUCCAUCCUCUACAGCAUCGGCAGCAAGCCUCUGCAAAUUUGGGACAAAAAGGUACGGAAUGGCCACAUCAAAAGAAUCACUGAUAAUGACAUCCAGUCCCUGGUGCUAGAGAUUGAAGGGACAAAUGUAAGCACCACAUAUAUCACAUGCCCUGCAGACCCCAAGAAGACACUGGGAAUUAAACUUCCUUUCCUUGUCAUGAUUAUCAAAAACCUGAAGAAAUAUUUUACCUUCGAAGUGCAGGUACUAGAUGACAAGAAUGUGCGUCGUCGCUUUCGGGCAAGUAACUACCAGAGUACCACCCGGGUCAAACCCUUCAUCUGCACCAUGCCCAUGAGGCUGGAUGACGGCUGGAACCAGAUUCAGUUCAACUUACUAGACUUCACGCGGCGAGCAUACGGCACCAAUUACAUCGAGACCCUCAGAGUACAGAUCCAUGCAAAUUGUCGCAUCCGACGGGUUUACUUCUCAGACAGACUCUACUCAGAAGAUGAGCUGCCGGCAGAGUUCAAACUGUAUCUCCCAGUUCAGAACAAGGCAAAGCAAUAACUGGAAUUGUGACUCAAGGGAUAGACCCUGGAUGUGACUCUUCUUUUUAGAAGGAAACUAUGUGGAGGACGAUGCAAAAACAUAUUUAUCUUAGUUCGCUCUGCUGUAGUUCUGUAGUUCUGUUAUUUAUACUUGGUGUUACUUGUCAUGGACACCGGUGAACAUGCCGUAACUCUGUGACUGCAUCGUAAGUGCAGUGGGGGUAAGCAGUCCUGUGAGUGGCGCAUGAAUGCUGGAGCUUAUUCUGCCGCCUGCCCCAGUGAGGCGGGAGAUACCUUUAUCAUGAACUUACAGAAUUGAAGAUGGCCCAUAAGGAAUUCCAGACCAAUAUUUCUUCCUGCGGUUUAUUCUGUGUUUUAUAUAUUAUCUAAAUAUAUGUAUAUGCUGUGUCAUACUCAUAAUCUGGAAAUGAAUAAAAUGAUAUAUUCCUGGUUUGUAAA